AUGCCACCUCCUCCUUCAAGGUGGAGAGGCAAAUGCGAGUUCAAAGGAUCAUACUGCAACAACAAACUUAUUGGUGCAAGGUCAUUUGAUCUUGUAGCUAAGACAAAGAACGGGACAACAAGCUCACCUGUCGACGAAGAUGGACAUGAGACUCACACGUCAAGUAUAGCUGCUGGUAGCUUUGUUCAAAAUGCCGAAGCACUUGGAAAUGCAAAGGGAACUGUGGUUGGAAUGGCACCUCAUGCUCAUUUAGCAAUGUACAAAGUGUGCUCUGUUGAUGGCUGUGCUGGGAGUGACAUACUCGCUAGCCUUGAUGCAGCUAUCCAUGAUGGAGUUGAUGUGAUCUCAAUCUCAUUAGGGGGAGACCCAGGCACUCCAAUGUAUGAGGACACAAUUGCAAUCGGGACAUAUGCAGCAAUGCAGAAGGGGAUAUUCGUCAGCUCUUCUGCUGGAAAUUUCGGUCCUUUCAAUGGUACGGUAUCUAACGAAGCCCCAUGGUAUCUCUCGGUGGGCGCAAGCACGGUAAAUAGGAAAUUUUAUGUCUCCGCCAGGCUGGGAAAUGGCUUAGUACUUGAAGGCGAAUCCCUUUCAAGAGACUUCAAUCCAACAGUAGCAUGGCCUACAUUGAAGCUGCCAAUAUCAACGGUCGGCUAA